AUGAAUAUAUUGAUAUUUUUACUUCUUUUAAUUGCAAACUGUGAAGAAAUGGUAAUCCCAAUGGACAAACUUGCGGAUAAUUUUGUAUCUUUGAUUUCAUGGAGAUCAGAUUGUGCCCAACAAGCAUUAAAAGAAUUAAUUCCUCAGUGUAUAAAUCAAGGAAUCGAAUCAAUCACUAAUGCACAACAGAAAAGUAUUGCUUUACAAUUAUCCAUAUGUCAAUUUGAGGACUCGGGAGUGAUAUACCCUAGUCAAUGUCGUGGCGAUAAUCUUGAUAUUGAACAAUGUAUUUUGAGUUUGGAAAGGCGGGCUCGGUAUUGGACAACUUAUAGUGGGUAUUAUCAGGAUAUAAAGAAUAUAUGUCAUCAAAUUAGUUUGCCGUUUGAGAAAGAUCAAAUAUUGAGUAUUUAUGAGAAUAUUACU